GGUUCAUUGACCGGUCCGGUUCUCGCAACCUUGAUACCAGGCUUGCUUUGUUUUUUUUUGUCAUGAAGAAGUCGAUAUUGGAAUACAAUACCAGGGAUUGAAGAACAACUCAUCGAAUUUUGAGGAUCCAAUACUAGGACUUGAAGAAGCCGAUAUUGCAAUCCAAAUUGGGCCCUGAAAUUUGAUCCAACAAAGGUAUCCGUUGAGCUCCGCCUCCGAGUCCGGUGAUUUUGUUUGCGUUUUCCCGGCAAAUCGAAGACAUCACCAGUUGUCGUGGUUGGAUAAAGGUUCCUUCUAAUCCUUCUCAGAAACCCAAUGUUUCUUCGCUCCAAAAAAAUGGGCGGGAUACAGCAGGAAAACAGAGAAGAGAAGGUGUCUUUGGAGCUCAGUGAGGAAAUUCUUCAGAGCAUGGAAGUUGGAAUGGCUUUCAAAGACUAUAAUUGUAAAAUUAGUUCCAUGGAUUUUCACAGGGCAACCAGCUAUCUAGUCACUGCUAGCAAUGAUGAAUCCAUUCGUCUCUAUGAUGUCACUGCCGGAACAUGUUUGAAGACAAUUAACAGCAAGAAGUAUGGGGUUGACUUGGUUUGUUUCACGUCUCAUCCGACCACUGUUAUAUACUCGUCUAGAAAUGGGUGGGAUGAAUCUCUGCGGCUUCUAUCGUUGCAUGAUAACAAGUAUUUGAGAUAUUUCAAAGGCCAUCAUGACAGGGUUGUCUCACUUAGCUUGUGCUCCCGGAAGGAGUGCUUUAUUUCUGGAUCUCUUGAUCGAACUGUUUUACUAUGGGAUCAAAGGGCCGAGAAAUGCCAGGGACUUUUACGUGUACAAGGAAGGCCUGCUAUUUCAUAUGAUGAUCAAGGGCUUGUUUUUGCAAUUGCCUUUGGAGGAUACAUAAGAAUGUUUGAUGCUCGCAAGUAUGAAAAGGGUCCCUUUGAGAUCUUUUCUAUUGGAGGAGAUAUUUCUGAUGCAAAUACAGUGAAAUUUAGUAACGAUGGGAGACUUAUGCUUUUAACAACUGCAGAUGGGCAUAUUCAUGUUCUUGAUUCAUUUCGUGGCACACUUUUAUCAACGUAUAAUGUCACACCUGUCUCGUGCAACUCCACAUUAGAAGCUUCUUUCAGUCCAGAGGGAAUGUUUGUAAUAUCAGGUUCUGGGGAUGGCAGCAUUUAUGCAUGGAGUGUUCGAAGUGGUAAAGAGGUUGGUAGCUGGAGGAGUGCAACUGCUGAUACUGGACCACCGGUGAUAAAAUGGGCACCGGGAAGUCUCAUGUUCGCAACCGGAUCUUCUGAGCUAUCAUUUUGGGUCCCAGAUUUGUCUAAGUUGGGAUCUUAUGUUGGAAGAAAGUAAAAGCCAUACAUGAUGGAGGUUCUGUUUGCCCCACAACUCACUGAAAGAUACUAGACUAUGAUGGGGGGUAACAAAUAAGGGUGAGUUUUUAUUAUUUCGACUGGUUCACCAAACACACCCUUUAGUGACAAACUUUGCCUGUGUGACCGUGUAUAUAGAAGUAUAUCAUUAUAUAAAAAUCUCAAUGAAUCAAAAUGAAGUUAUUAAGUCUUUUGGUUUUUCAGUUGUAACUUGUUUCUCUUUUUUCAUCAUCACAAGAUGAAAAUUAUUAGGUAUAGUCAA